AUUCGAUUCUCAUCGAGUUUAGUUCAUCUUUGAAGACGACAGAGUAAUACAGAUUUACACUAUAUAUUUACACAGUAAUGAACAGAAAAAUUGUGUCUGUUGUGGCUAAAAUCGAAGAGUACGAUAACAUCCAUUAAUCAGCAAUAAUGAAUAUGACUGACAUAUAUAAGAAGAGUAUUUUGAUCGCUUUGGUGUUACUUGUGACUGUCCGUCCGGAGGAAAUUUCUACUACCAGAAACACAGAGAAUACCGAUUUAUUGAAUAUCAGAUUAUCAACAAAUCUUCCUCAUUUAUCAUUGUACAAUGAUGAACAUUUUACGAAAGACAAUCCACAAAGAUCACUGCCUUUAUUAAUGCCACUAUCACGAGAUAAAUAUGAAAAGCCAAAAGAAGCAAGCCGCAAGACAAAACGUUGCAAUUCGUUUCGAAAAGACAGAUUCCUUUCAUCGACAAAGGAAAAUCUCACCAAAGCGAGAGCCAAAAAUCUAGAUAAAAAUAAUGUAGAAAUCUCAAAGCAAAAUUCAAACACUCAUUCUUUUAGAAACGCAAACUACUUACAGAAAAACUUUAUAACAUCAGACAGGGAAAGACAUAAGGAUGAAUUUCUACGAGGCUUCAAGGACAACGCAGAGGAUAAAACAAUAAAUUCAGAACCUAAAGAAACGACAAAGAAGCGCAAUGCGGAAAAAUGUAUUUGUUACUGCAAAGAGAAGAAUUGUUUUCCCGAAUCGUCAAAGAAAAGCUCAUCACAAAUGCUAGGUUCCUCCGGAAAAAAUAAGCCUGAGAGAAUAAAUAAUCGGAGACGAGAAAAAUAUAGAAAUGCAAGACCAGAUAUCUCACAACAAAAAUCGUUGAGAUUUUUCGAAAGGCCUCAUGAAACGCGUAUUCCUGACCCAAUAAACUUUUACCCAAUACGAUCUUAUCAAGAGAGAGUGAUACCGCAUGUACCAGUUCUGUACGGAAUCGAGGCAAAACCAUAUGUUUUGUCCCACAUGGCCGGAAACGACAGAAAACUUGUUAACAAAGUCCCAUUUAUUUCGUCCCAUGACAGACCAAAUUUUUUAGUUGGAAGUAACGCUUACGAUCAAUAUCAACCUAUCAUGUAUCGAAAUCCCUACUUUAUAAGUGAAAAAAAUCAAAUUGCAGAUCCUGUCAUGUCAGCUACUUUGCCUUCGAGCUCUGUUGAUGCAGCAACUGUUGUGGAAACAGAAAGUGAUCCAGAAUUAUACGAUUCGAUUGAAAUCGCUGAAAAAGAUCAAGAACCUUUGUAUGAUUAUGUAGACAUGUCAAUGGAAAACACUGAAACUAAUUUUUAUCCAGAUUACUCCAUCGAUGUAACUACAGAAAGCAACAUUGUGAGUUUUCCUAAUUUGGAUGAGAUGGUGCACAAACCAAAAGAUUCUACAGAAAUCGAAAGAAAUCAGGACGAUAAUCCCUCCACAACAUCGUCCUUGACAGAUUACAUUGACACAAUCAGCAUACCAAUCACUUAUCCAUCAAUUACAGACGAUAAAAAAUUUAUAAAUAUGGAAGAGUGCAUAAAACUAUUCGGUCGUGACGUAUGCGUACUCAGUACAUCAUCCAUCAAUGGAAUCGAGAAGUCAAACGCUAACUCAAAGGACAAUUUCGAAUCAGCAAACAUAGAAUCAAAUGCUAAUGUUAACGAAGGCGAACGAAUCUAUGAGUCAGAUGAUGACGAUGAUCGAAGUACAUCACUUAGCAGCGAAAAUACAUAUAUUCCGAUAAAAAAAUUGAUGGAUCAGGAAAUUCUAGAGUUCACGGAGACUCCAAGAAAUAGAUUGUUGGGAAAAAGUAAAAGUCAUCAAUUACUGUUAACUCUAAAUGAUGAGAAUACGGCAAAUCCAAUCUCAGAAGAGAAAUUUCCCUAUUCUACCAUUCCAUCCGAAUUUAACAGUGAAGGAGAAGUCUACAAUUUAAAAAUCGAUCAGCAAAAUUUAGUAACAACUACAAAUACCAAUUUAUGGCAGAAUAUUUUGAAUAAAGAAGAGUCUCUUGAAGUAAAAAUUCUUCAAGAACGACUUCAAGAAGAGAGUGCAACUAUUAGUCAUGAUUCUAAAAUUGAAUCUAAUUUUGAAGAAGAAAAUACAAGUGGCUCAAAUGAAUCAAACGACAAUGCCUAUCUUGAGCAAACAAUUCUUCAAGAACAACCUACAGAAAAAAUUAUAAUUGUUGAUCCUAAUUUAGAAACCAAAUAUGAUUUUGAAGAAACUAAAAAUGAUUUCGUCAAAUCGCAAACCAAUAUUUAUCCUGAAGAAGAGAUUCUUCAAGAACCAUCCACGACAUUGCAAUAUUUUGAUUAUGAAAAUUCAAAUUUAAACAACGAAGAAGCUACUACGGACAGCCUCGACUCGUCAGCAAAAAAAUUACCAUUCUGUGACAAUUCUUUACUUUUAAAUACCAUUAAAAAAGUAAUCAAUGAUUUUGCGUUGAAUGCUCCCUUAGGCAAGGCAAAAAAACUCGACAAAAAUAUUCUUCAAACGCAAGGUAAAAGUUUACUGCCAGAAAUCCUGCAAGUGUCGAAUCUGAAAAAUAUUCUGUCAAUACCGCGAAUAGAAAACACAAUCGUUGAGAAGGUAAAAAACAUUUUAUCUGACAUCACUGCUAUUCCCAAAAGAGACUUUACGAAUAAUUGGUCUCACGAUAUUAUCAGGAACACUAUGCGAAAUAUAUUAGAGAAUUUUUCUGAUUUUCAUCAGAAGUUGCCACCGAUGACAGUUGAGGAGCAUCAAUUCACAAAUGGUCAGUGGACGGUCAAUCCGGUAACUUUAGCAUCCGUUCUAGACAGUAAGGUGUCAAUGACAAAUCCGCAAAAUUUGCGGGAGUGCAUCAGGGACCUUCUAAGCUCUCCGGUAAUCGCAUCGCAAAUAGAUCAACAAAUAAUACGAAACAUAAUUGUACAGAGUAUAAAAAAUAGUUUAAUCAACGAUGACGAAGAAGAAAAAUUAGACAAUUCAAUAAUUCACGAUGCGCUAAAUGAUGUUCUUCAAGCUUUAAAAAAUUUGAAAGAUACAGAUGAAAGUGGUAAAUUUGUUAAUAAUGAAGAUAUGACUUCUUCACAAGAAACGUCAACAGAUGAUAGUGAAAUAGGAAUAAAUGGUAUCGACUCCAUAUUAAAAAACCAACAGAAUCUUGAUAUAAAUAAAGAUAAGAAAGUAGAUAAUAAGGAAAUGCAGACGACAACUUAUCAGGAAACUAAGGCAUUAGGAAACAAUUCUAAUCAGUUAUUUGCCUUUACACCUUUAGAUUUGUUAAAGUCAAGUGAAGAGGACAAAAAUAUAUAUAUUGAAGAAAAAACACCAAAUAGAAUAAUAGAUAAAAUAAAAGAACAUAUAAGGGAUCAAAUUUCAAAUGGAAUAAAAAAAUUAAAUAUGCAAAAUGACGAAGGAAUAAAACUAGUUGAACCACUGAAAACUAAAACAGCUUAUCAAAAAGCUAUUUCACUAAAUAAUCCUCGCAUAUUAGCAAUUUCUGUAGAACCGGAUUUAGCUGAAGAAUUAAAUAAAAAAGAAAAUAAAAAAAAUAUAUUAUUACAGACAGCUACAGUUUCGUCAAUUACGCCUACAAAUUUCCAUGAAACAGAAGAAUAUAUCGUUAACUCAACGCCGAGAAAGGACAUUAAUAUGCAAAAUGAAGAAGAAAUUAAAAAUUAUCCUGACACGUGGAACCAUCUAAUAAUUCAUCACCAACCUAAUUCUAAUCUAAAUUUUUCAAUUUCAAAUUCAAAAGAGGACUCUUCUAGGUACGACAAAAUUGAACCACCAAUAACACAUGGAAGAAAUAAUAAUAACAAAUUGCCAGUAAAUUCAUAUCCAUCGAAUGAUCACAUUGUUGACGAAAAUGUCAAAGUUACAGCAUCUACAGACUUUAUGCACAAAACUUUACCCGAUUACGCAAAAAUGCCAGAUGAAAUAAUUUCAAAAAAUAUAGCAGAAGCUAAAGAUGUCAAAGAUCGAAUUGAACAAGAAAUUAAUGAAAAAACAUUGACUACUUCGGCUAAUAAUUUAAUUUCAUUUAUAAAUGAAGAAUACGGAAAUCAAGAAUCUAAUACCGCUGCCACGGUUUCAGUUGAUACGGUUCAUCCACUAAUAAUAUUAGAGAGGAUUCGGAAUAAAGAGCCGCCAAUAAAAUAUUAUUCGCCGGAAGGUCUGCAAUACAUAAGAACUGAUCCCGCCAACGAUGAAAAUGUUAAAAUUACAACAUCCAUAGACUUUAUGCAAGGAGCUUCACCCGAUUAUGUACAAAUAUCGAAUGGCGCAAAUUUACAAAAUGCGGCAGAAAAUAAAAAUAUCGAAAGAGAAAUGGAAUACACAUCAAAUGGAAAAGCAUCGCUUACUUCAUCUGAUAAUAUAAUUUUACCUAUAAAUGCAGAAUAUGAAAAUUGUAAAUCCAAAAUCGCUCCGUCAGCAGAUAAAGAUAUUUUAGAAUCGCAACAGCAAGAUUUCGCGACAGAUGAUAAUAUUAUUAAAAUCCACGAAGUCACUACUGAGGUUCAACGGACUUAUACAAAAACUACAUAUUUCAAGCCUUCUACUGACGAUAAAUCAAGAAUCACUUCGUCUUCAUUAGAGUAUAAAAUUACAAAAAGUGCAAAUAAUAAUGAUAGCAUGAACAAGGAUAGCAAUCUAGUUGACAAUUACAGCACCACUGCAGAGGGGAAUGGAUUAAUUGCGUCCUCUUCAUCAAACAAUACUUAUUUUCUCCAACUAUUUCCUUCAUCAAUAAUGUCCGAUAAUAUCUCAGAACUUCAGAAAUCUCAGCUUUACUACAUUAACGAUGGUGUGAAAUUGCCGCUAGAAAUAAAAAAAUUACAGGACGAUUCUUACGCGUUGUUAAUCUCCAGGAAUAUAUGCGAGCAAAUUAUGAAAAAAGAAUGUCCCUGUUGUGUGCCGCUGCAAGGACAUGUGAUCCAAGAGUUGAGAAAAACUCAUGAUCAAGAAGAUAAGGAUAUGACUGCGACGGAAAAACAUUAUCAAGAAAGUACACAUAUGAACGACCUUAAAAGAAAUAAUCAAUUGGCUGACUCAUCGCCUAGUGCAAUAAUAACGUCUAUGACUACGAAUAAAAAUACUUUGACAAUGCAGUCAGAAGAGGAAGACAAAAGUAUAAAUCGUUUUCAAAAGCGAAAUUUGGAUUAUAAUGAUCUAACAACAAUUUCAAUGCCAGUUAUUGAAUUUGUAAAGAAAUACAAUCUGUUGCUCAAUGAGGAUAAAAUGCUACUCGACGAAAUUGAGUCAGAUGACAAAAACAAAAAUUGUGCCAAUUUAUUAAUAAAAUCAGCCAAGAGUGGUGAAACAAAGUCGCAUAACUUUAGAGAAGAAAGGAAAUCUAUGCAAAGGAUAGGUUCUACAAGUCAAGAAAAAAAUCCUAUUCCAAAAGGAGUUAUAAUUAACGGAGAAGAAAUCGAAAUGAAAAGCAAAAAAAUGGAUUGCGAUAAAUUAACAGAUAUUGACGAGGAAAACGUUCGAGUUUCGCACAACAAGAAAAAAAGAGAACACAAAGAAGCCGAAUUUAUUAACGAUAAAUAUAAUAUUCCAGAAAUUAAAAUUUAUGGUAAAAAUAAUGGAAGACCAUACAGAUAUCAACGAAAUACGAACAGCGUUACAAAUCCAAGAGCAGAAUUAGUAAAAUCUGUACUUUAUUGGAUUAAAAGUCUUUUCGUCGACGAAUAAAAGAAUUUAA